AUGUGGAGACAAAAAUUGCUUCUCAGUGUUAGGUUAUGUAGCAAUCUUUGUAUGAACAAAGAAGUGUCUGAAAUUUCACGCCAUCGUGAUUGUUUACAGUUAUGGAACGAAAUUAAAGAACAACAAGUUAACCUUUACUUGUCACCACGUGUUGAGAAAGUCAUAGUUACAUAUCAUGGAUUUUUAGGGGAAUCAACUUUGGAAAUGACUAAAGGUAUAUCAACACCUCUAGAUUGUGCAAAGCAUUUGUCUGAGAUCUUGGUCAAAGAAAGUGUUAUUGCUAUGGUUAACAAUAAUCCAUGGGAUAUGAAUCGGCCACUGUCAUGUGAUUGCUCACUUGACUUUGUGCAAUUCAAGGGUCCUCAUUAUGAUCCGACAGUUGCAAAUAACGCAUUUUGGCAAUCAUGUACACUCCUUCUAGCCGCCACUUUAGAAACAGCUUUUCAUCAAAAACAUAAUGUUCGUGUAAUCAAUCUCCCUUUACUUAACCCAAAAAGUGGUGGAUUCGUAUGUGAUAUUUCAUUUAAUCCAGGACAUCAAUCUUUAGAGAAUUGGACGCCUUCACCUCAAGAAUUAUAUGCAUUAAAUACACAUAUUCAACGGAUGGCUGCGGACGACUUAAGUUUUGAACCUUUAGAUGUAUCAAUUCACAGUGAACUACUUCAGAAGUUAUUUGCUGACAAUCCAUUAAGAUCACAGCAGAUUAGUCAUGUAUUCAACGAACAUCAAGACAGUAGUAAUACACUACAACUUGACUUAUCUUCAAACAAGGAUAGAUUUACAGAAAGGUCCACCCUACCUGUAUACCGAGUGGGGAAAUUUGUUGAGUGUUUCACUAAUGGCCCAUUAAUCCGAUCAACUGGCCUUAUUGGAAAAAUAUCCAUCAGUUCAUUUUCCCGAAUAGGUCAUCUUCGAGGAUCUUCAAGUAACGUCGUCUAUCGUGUUCAAGGCGUGGCUAUUCCAUCUGCAUUCCUUACACAUUUCACGACGUUUCAUCGUCUUAUGGAAUGGUCCAAAUUACCGAAUUCAGAAGUCGACAUUUAUCCAGACUACGUGGAACCUUUACCAUGAAAGCCAAACUCAGAUAUUUGUAAAUCUCGUUUUCUACUGCAUUUGAAAUCACUACCUUGUUUAACUACUCAACAGAGCACUACAAAUAGCAAAUUGAUCUUUUUUCGCUCUUGAUAAUUAUGAAUUUACAACCAUUAUUUCGUCAUGUAGUGCCUGAAGUUUGCUGUGUGUG